CCAGCGAAAAUAAAACCGUCAAAUAUACGUAUGUUUAAAUAUGAGCAGCUAACACGAAAGGUUCAACGCAAUGUAGUGAAAUGCAAUAAUAAUGGAUAUGUACGGGUUGGAAUAAUUUAGAUGCAUAAUAAAACUCGUAAUGAAUUGAAAUGUCCACAAAUCAAUGGUUACACGGCUAUUUUGCGAAACUAAAUCCUGUGGCUGAAAAGAUAGCAUUUGAUAUGAGCGAAGUGAUAUCGGCUUAUGAUCAUGUGUGGCUUACGUUAACUCCGACUCAGCAAGACAAUAUUCUUAAUGACACUAUAAUAAAGCCAGAAAUAACUAUAAGGUAUUAUAAUAAGCCAACAUCUAAUACACAAUCUCAAAAAGAAGAAUCCUCCAGAUUGAACGAACAAAACAGAAAAAAAGGAGCUAAAUGCCAGGAGCAUGAUAUUAUAUAUACGUAUGACAGACUAUAUAUAUGCACAUUUAUUCAUCAAAAUGUUGGUUUCAAGAUUCUCCACGAUGAAAACAUUGGAGACUAUCGUGAUGAACAUUCAUUUCCAUUCAGUUAUAAAACCAAAUCGCAACUGAAUCUAUCAGAAAUUGGAAAGAGUUUCAACAAUCUUGAUUCCAGCAUUCACGUGAGCCCUAAAAAAAUACCACCAAUUAAGAAAAAAUCUCUUACCGAACCCGAAACAGAUCACCAAAAACAAAUAAUAUUAUUAGAGGAGGAACCGAAGAAAAGGAACAUAAAUAAUUGCACGGAAGCGAUCAAUUUAAUCGCUGAUGAGAAGUUCAAUCUCUUAUCCAGUUUCGGAUCAAAAAACACUCUGCUAAGCAUAUCGUCUGAUUCGAAUGAUUUCGAAAACGACUCCAAGGAGCAACAUUCUGAGAACAGUAAACUAUUGCCAGAUAAACUUCAAAUGCCCAAAGGCUUUGAUUUUUUAAGCAACUGGUAGCCUAAUUAAUUUCGUAUGCAUAAUAAUAUGCGUGUCUUUACCAAAAACAACCACAUCAUUUUAUAUAAAAAAGUCUGCUCA